UCAAGCCAUCAACAAAAUGUGUAAAUUGUUCGCUCUCGCUGCUUUAUUGGCUGUGGUUGCUGCCCGCCCAGAACCACAUCUGUCUGCUCCAGUAGUCUAUGCCGCUCCUGCUGCAGCUACUACUUAUAUCCAGGAGCCCACAUUGGCAAAAGUAGGUGCUGUAGUGAAGAGCAUUCCAACAGCUGUUUCCCACCAGAGUGUUACCCAGGUUCAUAGUACGCCUGUCAUCGAGGAUGUUGUGGCACCAGUGGUUAAAACGACAACCCUGCAUGCUGCUGCUCCAAUUGUGAAGACUUUAGCUCCAGUGGCAUAUUCCGCGCCAGUUGCUCCAUUGGCGUACUCUGCCCCAGUGGCUUACAGCGCUCCUGUAGCUGCUUAUCACGGGUCUCCUUUCACCUAUGCUGCUGCUGCUCCAGUUCUUCCUUACCACACCCCUCUGGCAUAUGCUGCUCACGCUUGGUAAGACAAGGAGAAAGAGAGUUGAAAGAUUUUUCACGGACACUAUCAAAACAUAAA